AUGGGAUUGCAUAAACAAUACCUGAGAUAUGGUCAAACUGCGAGAAACCACCUUUUUGGAGUGAAUAGUAGAAAUUGUGGUAGUGACGGAAGUAUUGGUGUAGGUAAAACUAAUUGCAAAAAAAAAAAAAAAAGGAAUAACAGACCAACUGUAAAACGUAAUGUAAGAGGCGAAAGAGAUGGAGUUAAUAUUAGGCCAACACCAAUAUCUAUGCUUAUUUCACAAGGGACGAAAAUAAAUAAUACUAGACUUGCUGUGAUAGUAAUAGGGACAAUUACGUUAAUAUUAGGAAUAAUUUUAUCCUCAAUACCCUGGCUGGAUUAUUUUAUAUUAAAAAAUUUAAGACUUUGGAACAAUACACUAAGUUUUCGAUACUGGCAAAGACCGGGUGUAAUUCGAUUAACAAGAGUAUACCUUUUUAACGUUACUAAUCCGGAUGGAUUUUUGUUCGGCGAAAAACCAAAAGUUGAGGAGGUUGGACCUUUUGUGUACAGAGAGGAUAUGGAGAAAGUGAACGUAAAUUUUUAUGACAAUUUGACAGUCUCAUACCAACAUAAAAAAAUCUUACAAUUUGUUCCUGAAUUAAGUAUUGACAAAAAUACAAAGGUGAUAACUCCUAAUAUUCCUUUAUUGACGCUUACAAGCCAAAGUAAUGAUUUAAAUUAUAUUCUUGCGAAAACUUUGUCAGUUAUAUUAGCUGCAGCUAAAUUUAAAUCUUUUGUUACUGUAACAGCAGAUCAAUUGGUUUUUGGUUAUGAUGACCCCUUAGUGACGUUAGCACAUCGAUUUUAUCCACGCCAUAGGCGACCAAUGUCCCAAAUGGGCCUUUUAAUUGGGCGUAAUGGUACAUUAACAGAAAUUUCAACUAUUAAUACAGGCUUUACAGGCAUGGAGGAAUUUGGAUAUCUAAAUAGGCUGAAUGGCCUUGAUUACAUACCGCAUUGGAAGGGUACUCCUUGUGGCAGUAUAAAUGGCUCUGAAGGUUCAUUUUUUCCACCUCGGGAUAUAACAAAGUCAGAUUUAGUUCAUAUUUAUGAUAAAGAUUUGUGUCGAGUUAUACCACUAAAAUAUCAAAAAGAUGUAAACAAAGAUGGUAUAAGCGCCGCUUUGUAUGAAUUACCUGAAAAUGUUUAUGGUGAUUCAAAAAAUAAUCCUGACAACCAAUGCUUUGAUGAAGAGAGUUAUGAACCCGUAAAAGGCUUGCAAAAUAUAAGUCCAUGUCAUUUUGGAGCUCCUGUGUAUAUAUCAAACCCACACUUUUACCAGUCUGAUCCUAGUCUAUUAGAAAGCGUUGAAGGUCUCAAACCAAAUAAAGUUAAACAUAGAACAUUUUUUAAAAUACAACCCAAAUUAGGAGUUCCGUUAGAAGGAAAAGUCAGGAUCCAGUUAAAUUUGAAAGUUGACAAAGCUAAAUACAUUAGUUCAGUGCAAAAUUUUAGAAACUUUAUAUUUCCAAUUAUGUGGUUAGAAGAGGGUAUAAGUGAAUUGACCCCAUCAAUUUGGCGAUGGAUUUAUUUAGGUACAGUUUUUGCUCCAAAUUGUGUACCUAUUGUGUCAUAUAUAACAAUUUUAGUCGGAAUAUUUAUGAUAAUAUUCAUGUUCGUUUAUACGUUUAAAAAUUAUGUUUUUGUCCAAGACCCAACUUUGGAAUUAAUAGAAAUUGGCCGCCGCUCAUUAAGGCGUGGAAGUAGUUUUAUAAUUCACCAACAACAUAAAUUUAUGUUACAUAAAGAAUGUUAUACCCUUUUAAAGCCUUCUCAAUCAGAUAAUGUAACUUCAACAGAAAACAUUCAAAAUAUUCUUCUAGAUUCAUCAACAUAGUAAAACACAAUGGAAACUAGUUUUAAAAUCUAUUUAAUAAAUAAAAAUUAUUUAAGAAAAAUUAGUAAUAUUAAAGUAUACCGAAUUAAAAACAAGCUCUCCAAACUAUUUGAACUCUGCUUACCCAAGUAACAAUUUUUAGCUCAAAAGACUCUUGUAGAACUAUAUUAGGAAAUCUUUAAGAAUAUUACUCUUAUAAUUUCAGUUUGUAGAACACUAAAAGACCCUAAUGAGAUCUUUAUAAGAACAAACGAGCGCAAUUACUAGAGUUAUUAAUUCUUGUAAUGAGAGUUAACAUAAGCUCAUAGUAAAAGAGUUUUAAAGCAUAUAACUCUCAUACGUUUUGGUAUACGAAAACUCUCACAAGCCAUUUAUAAUAGUGUUACUAGGAAGAGAAAGCUAUACAUUGUAGAAUAAAUAUAUCGGUCUUACUUCGAACUUUAUAAAAAAUAUAUCUAAAAUUUAAUAUCUAAAAAUUUUUUCGACAAAAUUGACGUAAACAUAUGUUUAGGUACAUGAUAUGUAAUCAAUAAAUAUUUGUAUUCAAAAACUUAAUAUC